GUCCGAGCGAAGGAGGGGGAGCAGAUGGAGCACAUUUGAUCACACUCAUUUCUUUUUCCAUCAAGUCACAAGUGUACGUGUCUCAUCAUGUGAGGAUAGCAGUUGUUUUUGGGUGGGACAUGGAUGACCUGGAUGGCUCCUGGUCGGUGUCCCUGCAGCAAGCAGCAGAGGCCAACGCGAGCUGGCCGGAGGGCUCUGGGCCCGGCGUGUCCCGACAGACCCAGCUGGUCCUGGAGAUCCUCAUGGUGCUGAUGUGUUUGGGCGCUGUGACAGGUAAUAUUCUUGUCAUUGUUAUUGUGGCUGCAACCAAGACUUUCCACUCGGUGACGUCGGUGCUGAUCAUGAACCUGGCCGUCAGUGACCUGCUGGUGGGCGUUGGAGUGAUGCCUUUUGUUGCUUUGUCCAUCAUUAAUAGCGGAUGGAAGAAUUGCACUGACCUUUGUUUGUACGUGGGCUACACCUCCUCUGUGUACUGUACAGCUUCUGUACUCACAUUAGCAGCUAUUGCCCUUGACCGCUACCACUCCAUCAUGGACUGCCUGCGCUACAGUUCCCGCUGCACCCUGUGGAGGAUCUGUGCUGUGGUUCUGUGGAUCUGGCUGCAGGCUCUGCUCACCAGUUGUCCUCCCCUGCUGGGCUGGAGCUCCAUCAGCUAUGUGGUCCCCAUGUACAGCUGUGCAGUCAACUGGGCCAGCAGUCCCAGCUACACAGCUUUCAUGGCUGCCCUCUCCUACCUCAUACCAGCAGUUGUCAUCCUCUUCUGCUACGUGAACAUCGUCAAGGUGGCCCGCAGCCACGCUAGAAGGAUUCAUACAUUGGAGGAUUCAGUCCAGCGCAGCAGGAAUCCCAGCUCUGCCUUCACGACUGGUGAUUCAUCCCAACAGCACUGUGGGGGCCUCCACAGCCCCUCGAGACUGAUUUAUCAUGUAAGUGGACAGUUUGUGUCUGAUGUCAGUAGGGAAGAGGGGAAUUACCUCAGCCCUGCUCUGCCUGAUUCUACCACAGAGCAGAAUAACUCUCCAUCCAGACGUUUGUUCUCAUUCCUGGCCCAGCCACCGCUGCAGAACUCCCAGCAGCAGCAGCACCACAACCACCAUGGAGUGGUGCGCCUCUUCCUGGUCAUCUCAGCCUUCUUCCUCUGCUGGACACCUUACAUAGGCGUGGCCCUGGUUCAGGCCACAGAAACUGCAAUCUCAGGCCAAUCCAGCCUCGUCCCACCCUCCGCUGUCACCUUUUCAUACUGGCUGGUGUUGCUGAACUCUGACAUCAACCCACUGCUGUACGCUCUGCUCAGCAAGCGUUUCCAAGGCGCUCUCCAGGGACUGAGGCAAAAAAUAAGAGCACGCCUGGUCAGUGUGGUGGGCAGGGGAGGGGGGGUCAGGGCAGAGGGAGAUGAUGGCAGGAGCAGUGACCCCUGCACUCUGACUACCACACAUCCUGGGCCACUUUCCAGCUCUGAGAGCGACGACUCGAAGUAUUCCUCCUCUGUUUUUACUGUUCGCACUGACUUCAAACAACACUCUGAGGAGCAUCUAUGCAAAGUGUGUCACCAUGAAAAAACCUCCCCGUGCUGCUCUGUGUGGCAAGGUGCUGGUGCUGAAGGGAGGCCUGACUGCCUGCAGGUCCCCUCUAAGCCACAAGAGGGCGGCAGGUUACCGUUCUCAGCUCUCACCAAGGAGCGUCAGGCCACUUUCUUCUUUGGACAGAUAACUGUCAGAGUAGAGCAUGAUGUUUGUUAGUGUGAUAUCUGCAGAGGCUGUUGCAGAAAUAUUAUUAAAGGACUAACAAUGAUUUUCAUUAUUGAUGAAUCUGUUAAUUUGUUUUCUCAGGUAAUUGAUUAAUAAUUUUGGCUAUAAAAUGUCGGUAAGUAGUAAAAUUGUCCAUGACAUCUUCCCAGAUCCCAUGUUUGCAUGUUCUUUGUGCUUGUUUUAUCCAACAACAGUCAAAACGAAAAUAUAUUUACUUUAAAAUUU